UUAUACUCGCUUUAACGGACAAACAAUAACCUGAACUGAAAGAAUCUAGAUUUUCUAACUACUUCCACACCACAAAACUUAGAAUGGCAUCGCGCGUGCUAUCCACGGCCUUGCUGACUCCUCCGAAAUUCAUCAAACCCUCUUCAAGCUGCUCCUUUUCUUUGCCCUCAAAAAGAGUUUUGAUUAAAAGCAAUAGAAGUUUGAAGUGCAAAGCCGUUGGUGAAAGCUCUCAGGGCUCUUUUGAUCAGACGGUUUAUAAUGGUGUUUACGGCCCUUGGACUGUUGAAUCCUCCGAUGUGAGAGAGGUGAUUUUGUAUCGGUCAGGACUAGUAACUGCUGCUGCAUCAUUUGUGGCUGCAGCAUCAGCUGCCUUCUUACCUGCUGACUUAUUGUUGAGUGAAAUAAUCAAGCAAAAUCUCGACUUGUUUUACACGCUGGGAGCUGGCGGGCUAGGCCUAUCAUUAGUUUUGAUUCACAUCUAUGUGACUGAGAUUAAGCGCACCCUUCAAGCAUUCUGGGCACUUGGUGUUGUUGGAUCUUUGGCAACAUACACAGCACUCGCUCGACCAACUGGCGAAAAUUUGGUACAAUAUGUUAUAGAUAACCCAACUGCUGUCUGGUUUGUCGGUCCUCUCUUUGCUGCUCUAACUGGACUUGUCUUUAAAGAAGGCCUCUGCUACGGAAAGCUAGAAGCGGGAAUUCUUACAUUCAUUAUACCGACAGUACUUCUGGGUCACCUGACUGGUUUGAUGGAUGAUGGAGUAAAACUUACUCUUCUUGGUUCUUGGAUGGCACUACUUGUCAUAUUUGCCGGAAGGAAGUUUACGCAGCCCAUUAAGGAUGACAUAGGUGACAAAUCUGUCUUCACAUUCAAUUCUCUAUCAGAGGACGAAAAGAAGGCCUUGAUUGAGAAGCUUGAGCAGCAAAAGUAGAGUCAGAAUCAUACUUAGUAACCAGUGAGUGCCGAAACACAAACACUAUAUUGUGAAUAUUUAGUUACUUUUAAGGGAAAAGUUUUGAGGAUCUCUUAUAACUUGGUUCUGUGUAUACAACAUAAUGUUGCUGGCUUUUGUGACAUUUUAUGUUGAGUCUUCAUAUGUACUAGUUCUUUAGAGAGUUCUUGGGAUAUUUAUAAAUGCAAUUUUGGCUUUUCCAAAAGUAAAUACAAUUGAAUCGCCCAAAUUAGCCAUA